UACAGGGCUACAGGGUCCUUAGCAGUGUUAGCAGUGUUUGUGUACAGGGCUACAGGGUCCUUAGCAGUGUUAGCAGUGUUUGUGGACAGGGGUACGGGACCUUAGCGUAGUUAGCGGUGAAAGUUGAAAGUGGCAUGAGAUGGACAGAAUAGGCAAAUACGGGAGAUGGAGGGAGAGAUAACACUUCCUGUGACGACAGCUCUGAAGGCUGGCCAGAGGGAGGGGAAGUAGAGCUAAACACACUGGACAUCAAGACGCAAACACACACACUCACUCUCCCUGUGAGGCACAGGCACACACACACACACACACACUCUCUCCUCCCUCAGACACACACGCGCGCACACACACACUCACACACUCUCCUCCCUCAGACACACCCACGCACGCACACACACACACAGACAGACUCUCUUCACUGCGAGACCUGCAUCCUGAUCCCCGGGGUGUUCACCACUCCCCACGCCAUGAACAGUCCGGCCAACGUGAAGGCCAUCAUGGCCCGCUUCAACACUGGGACAGGCUCCUCAGAGGAUACCCCUGCCGUGGAGGUCCCGGGGGCGCGCCCCAAAGUGCCUGUGCACCCCACCUUUUCCUCAGGACCCCCGCUACAGGCAAAGAAGCAUGUGCUGGAGAGCAGCCUCUCUGGAGGGGUCCGUGUGGGGGGGACCCCCAAACCCAAUUUCCUGAAGGGCACUGCCUCCACCACGAGUGCCCCGGAGGUGUGUGAGUUCCCCCGGCCCAAACCCCUGGCAGGUAAAUUCGGAGCCCCCCAGGACGAAGGGAAGCCCGCUGUCGCUAAGCAACCGGCUUUCAAACCCAAACCGCCAGACCUGUCGAGGGACUCUGAGCCCAAACCCCUGAUCCCCAAAGUGCCUGUGCAGAAGCCCUCUCUGAGCGGCACCCCAGAGGGCAAGUCCUUCCCCAAACCCCCCCUUGCCCUGGCCAAACCACCCCCCGCCCAGGCAAAACCGCCCCUCGCCCAGGCAAAACCAUCCCCCGCCCAGCCCAAACAGCCCCCCGCCCUCACCAAGCCACCCCUCGCCCUAGCCAAACCACCCCCCUCCCAGACCAAACCCCCCUGGGUCAAAGACGAUGCCAAAAGCGAGGAUGGGGGGGCAGGUGCUGGGCUCAACGCCCCCAAAAUGCCCCUGGCUCCCAAACCCAAGAGCUCAGUGAUCGCAAUGCGCACCCAGGUGGAGGAUGGGGGAGACCCGGCCCUCUCCCCGCUGAAAGCCUCCAGCUUCCGGGCGGCGAAGAGUCUCUUCAACAAGGACAGCAUCGACAGCCAGGGACCGGAGAAGAGCGGACCCUCGCCCCUCAACUCCCAUGAUCCUCCAGGGCCCAAACCCUCCUUCGCCCCCAGGGCCAGCUUCGUGAAGACGCAGCGGGACCAGAAGGAGAACGCGAACCCGUCCGCUCCGAAGAGGAACCCGUUGCUCAAUAAGCUGGCCCUGGGGAACCCCCCAGCCAAGCCCAACAGGCCCCCCAGCGUCAACCUGGAGAAGUUCAGGAAGCAGGCCGAGAACCCGGCCAACGGUCCCGGGAUGAAGAAGGGGAGUCCUCUUCCUCCUCCUCCCCCCAGCAACCACGUGGCCCCUCCCCUGCCCUCCCACGCCUCGGCCCCCAGCCUGCCCUCCCCCGCCUCGGCCCCCAGCCUGCCCCCCCGGCCCACUGCAGCCAUGAUCCAGCCGGACCCAGAUGAAAACUACGAUGACGUUGGGGUGAUGAGCAGCCUUCCCCCCCCGCCCCCCGGAGGCCAUCCCAGUCAGACUGCCGAGGACAGUGAAAGCGAUGGCGAGAUGUAUGAGGAUCUUGAGGAGAGAUGGUCGGCAGCUGAGUCAAAAGAACAGGAGAAGAAGCGGGAAAAAGAGGAGAAGAAACGGAUUGAGCAGGAGAAGAAAGAACAAAAAGAGAGAGAGAAGAAAGAGCAGGAAGCCAGAAAGAAAUUUAAGCUGUCUGGACCGAUAGAGGUGAUCCACAAGCUCAAGGCCAAGGUGGACUGCAAAGGGAGCAAGACUGAUCUGUGUCUGAAACAGGGUGAUCUCAUCGAGAUCGUCCGCAUUUCGGACAACCCCGAGGGGCGCUGGCUGGGCAGGACAAGGGAGGGCUCCUUUGGCUAUGUAAAGACAGAGUCUGUGGAGAUCAACUUUGAUGCUCUAAAGCGUCAGGGAGCAUCACUUCCUGUUCCAGGAAAGGAGGAUUUAGAGGUGUAUGAUGACGUCGGUGCCCAGGAUGACAUCAUCAGUGUUAAAGGUCCAGGAGUGGUUCUCCCACCCCCGCCAGACGAGGCAGGAGAAAUCUAUGACGACCUGGAGGAUCUGGACCUGAAUGUGAGUGACACCGCAACGGAACUGCGGUCCCCACCCAAACUGCAAGGCUUUCUUAAGAUGUUUAAGAGCUUGGACGACUGGAGAAAAAGCCCAACCAGCAAUAAUGAAGUCCCCCCGCCUCCACAGUUCACCCCUGCAGGCAGCGCAGAGAAGCCUGAGGCCCUGAUUGAGGAGGAGAUAUACGACGAUGUGGAUUCCCAAACCUGUGCUGCCCCUGCAGCCCCUGCCGCCCCCGCCGCAAUCGCCUCACUAGGCAGUCUUCUGCAGAAGCAUUCAAAGGCCAAAACAGAGGAGAAGGACCCGAAGAAGCAAAAGAAGUUUGAGAAGGAGGAGAAAGAGUUCAGGAAGAAGUUUAAAUUUGAUGGUGAGAUCCAGGUGCUCUACCAAGUGACCAUCAUUUCCCCGCUAACCAAUAAGAAGUGGGGAAACAAAGACCUGCCCCUGAGGCCGGGGGAGACCGUGGAUGUCAUCGUGAAGCCCGCAGAUAACAAGCUGAUUGGCCGAAACGAAGAGGGGAAGUUUGGUUAUGUUUCUACAAGCCACAUUGUAGCUGAGGACGCUGAUAUUUAUGAUGACAUUGGUGAAGAUUGCAUCUAUGAUAACGACUAAGGCACACCUGCACAGGCGGAUGUGGCUCGGUUUUCCUGGUU